UGCCCUCUUCGGCCAACCCAACCCACUUUCACUCACUCCCAGUUGCACACUCGCACGCACAUCUCACGCUUACAAACCAACGGCCGCCUUGUCAUGGACGGCUCCUCGCCUUCGGUCCUCACGGACGACCAAGAAUCAACCCGGGGCCCGCUAUUGGAGCGCCGCCAGCAGCUGACUGAGGCCCUGGCUGAGUCCCCCUACGACUUGAUCCUCUACUUGCAGCGGGCCGUUGUCUACUCCGACCUUGCCUAUCCGGACCUCGCCGUGGGCGAUGCCUAUCGUGCUCUGCUCCUAGCUGACGAAGUCCGCGAUGAAAGCUUCGAGUACCACGACCAGGCCAAGGAAGCACUCCAGGGCUAUAAGACCAUCCCCUGCCCCGAGGUGCUCAACCAUGGGAGGCUGAUUGACGACCUCGACCGGCUGGUCGACGGUGACGGCGUCGAGGAUGCGGGAGAGUUUAACUUGCUGGCAAACCUUGCCUCGGUCCGCUGCUUCCAGAUCAUCUCACUCAGCCUCCUGCUUUGCGGCUGCCUAAAGAGCGCGCUCGAGUUCUGCGAAAGGGGUCUCAAGAUGGUGCCCCAUAACAGGGAGCUCGAUGAAAUCAAGGGUUACAUCGAGCAAGUUGCCAGACGCAGGUUGCGGAAGGACCACGACGAGCCCAUCGGGAUCAACAACCUGCCCGACCGCGGUCUCGUGCGCCGGGAGGUGUAUCCUUGGAACACCCACGAGCCCGACCGCUUCGCCAAAGACUCUCUUUCGUUUCUCAAUAAUAACCUCUCCAAAAUGGCUCCCAAGUGCGAAGUCAGAGUCUCAAAUCUCCCAGUGUUGCUCGAUGACGAGACCAACACUAACGGAUUCGACAUUAUUCCUUACUGCAAUCAGCUGGGUCUCUUUGCAAAGCAAGAUAUCGGGCCCGGUGAGCCCGUUUUGGAAGAGUAUUCGCUCCUAACCGCCAACAACCGGCACAAGGAAUCGGCUUGCGACGCCUGCGGGACGGAGCUACCGCCUCUCCAGAGCAACUCCAAGGCUGUGAGCUGUCCCGAGUGUCACGACACUAUUUUCUGCGACGACUUCUGCUUCACCAAGGCCCAGGAGCAGUACCAUCCUGCCGUCUGUGACAAGGACGUUGACUCAAUUGCCAAGGACCCCAAAGCUAGAGAUAUCGACGAAUCGCUCUACUUACUACUAUUGGCACGUCUCCUUGCCAUGUCGGCGCACCAGGAGAUCCACCCCUUGGAGAUCAAGGAGAUCAAAUAUAUCUGGGGGGACUUCGUGGCUGUAGUCCUGAACGACGUCGACGGCUCCAUAACCGACCAGCCGCCACCCGAGUGGACGCUGCCUUUUUCUUUCAAGUACAACGUCGAAAUUCCGCUUCACAUGCUCGAAAAAAUGGACAUCGACAUUUACGCGACCCUUGACAAGCACGAUCUUUGGGUCUUCAACACGGCCUACGCCAAGUUCCGCGGCACCGCCUCGGCAAGGAAAAACCCCCGUGACGGCCGCCCGGAUGUCGCCGCAGUCCAUCCCUUCUGGUGCCUCGCAAACCACGAUUGCAACCCCAACGUCACCUGGGAAUGGGGCGGGCGCAUGGUCCUUUGGGCGCGCGAGACUCGGGUCAUCGGAAACCAGCCAGGCGGUAUCAAGGCGGGUGAAGAGAUCCUGAACCAUUACUGUGACGUGAAUCUGCCGGUCCAACAGCGGAGGGAGUGGGCCCAGGGAAGUUUGGGUGGGCUGUGCGUGUGUCGGCGGUGCCGGGACGAGAUGGAUAAGCCGAAGACAAAUGGUACGAAAGAGAAUGGGGCACCAUAGGGCUGUGGAGAGGUUGAGUUAUAUACGAAAUGGAUAAACGCGGAUGCUGUAGUUGGGGCGAUGCCGUCUCGUUGAAUAAACGGCUUAUCCGCGGAGGAGAUAGUCGAAAUUUCAGGCAAAGCGAGAAAGGAGAGGAAACACCUGGUUAUCGUGCGGAGAAUAUAGGUGCCU